GAGAUCGCGAGAUUGUCGCUGGGCCAGGGCUCUUCGCCUGCGGAGACGCUAGCGCCGAGCAUCCGGAGCGAGGGCAUCAUCGCCGUGGACAUUACAGCAAAGUUUUCAGAUGCCGUCAAGACGCUUGAGCCGGGGGCCAUCGUCAAAGAUGGCUUCUUUACGCUGUUUGACUCCGUCGCAGCCCUGGAGAUCAUGGACCUAAAGAUGGACAGUGGAUGCGCGGCUGCAGAGGCUGAGGUAGAACAACUCUACGACGUCUCCAGGCCACUGCUCCCAGAGGAGGUACUCGGCAUCAUAGACCAGCUGUUAUGUCACGAGAUGUCAUGGCACCUAGGAUAUCCUCUCUCUCAGACUCUCUUCACGAGCUUCUACGUCGAGGCACUCUCUAUGCCGGAUCCUCGCAGCAUUCAGGAGGCCACUUUCAUCCGCGGUGGCGGUCAUGACCCAAACGAGCAGCUUAUGCUUCAGGUCCUCCGAGCGUACUGCCUGGGCAUGCUCAAAAGCUGCGGCUACGUCAACGAGAGGAUCAAGUCGGAGCACUAUUACGAGGAGGAAGACUUUGUCACCAACACAUAUAACCGCACACUUCUCGCAAGUCUACCCACAAGCGCCAUCCAGGACAACCUUUUCGAGGCCAUGGCGGCUCUCAAGUCGCAGACAAGCUCUAUACCGGAACAUCUAGUUGAAGCCCUGCUGCUUCGCCUGCAAUUGAGGCACAUCUUCUUGGAUGCUGUGGAAUGCCCCAAGCACAUGAAGGAGCCUGAGUUGGCGAAGAAGCCUUGGAAAGAAGGCCUUGCCAUCUUGCCAGCCUUGAAGAAAACUCACUCACUUGCCUCACCGGUGGACGAAGCCUUCAGUGCUAAGCUGCAGAGGAAGCUGGCCAGCACUAUGCCCCCGCGGCCCAUUGUUCAACUGGAUUUUGACGUCGCUUUUGGUCACCUGAAUAGCCUGUUCGAAGACGCCCUGGAGUUGAUCAACGUCUUGCAUUACACCGAUUCGCAGUGCUUGCUGACGUUCGUAACAACGUUCCAAGCAAAGAAGCCGCAGCCCAUCGUGUACGUGCGAACAUUAUUGCAGACGUUCCUCUUCGACGCCAUGGAGGUUCUAGGGUCUAUGAGUAUCCGACAGCUCCUCGACGACGACUUUGCCAUUUUGACAAUGCCGGCACACCAAUACCUGGACAGGCUCAACGACGAGGUCGAGGCCGUCCAAGAUCCGCGAUACGCCAUGGCGCAGCAAAUGGAGCUCUUCAGGACGAGGGCGGCACAGCCCUUUCUGGACAUCCUGCGCACGGCGUGCCAGAACCGGUGUCGGGUGAGGAGGACGCUCUGCCACCUUGUUCGCGAUUGGGAGGCUCUCCAGCUGGACGCUGAGGAAAUCGACCAGAUCCUCCAGGUCAAGGCCAAGGAGCAGCCGACAAUGUACAGGUCCUCGAUUGGCAGUGGCGGCGUGGAGUCUUACUCGCUGCCCCUGUCUUCGUGGACGUACCUGUACAAGCUACGACAGAUGGAGCUAAUCAUCCAGCUGGGCUUCGAGCUGGAGAUUUACCAGGCCGACGAGUUCGCCGGCAUGUACUGGUAUCUCAACUACAUCUCCAAGUCCCGCCUGCACCACACCGAGCGCAUCAAGAUGUUCGUCAUCAAGAGGGUCGAAGAGGCGCAAGCCCAACCCAUGCCCUCAGACCACACCGUCGGCACGCAACUGCAGCGAUCGCUCAUGUACACCCGCCUAUCCCUGCUCGACGCAGCCGUCACAUGGGAGCUCUCCGACUCGCUGUCCUGCCUGUACACCAUCCUCAACCGCCUCAAGCUCAUCAAGGCGCCUCCCCGUCCGUACGGCACCGACGAGCUCCGGUACGAGAUCCGGAUGAGGCCGUUUGCGCCGGUGGGCCUCCCCGUGCUGCCCACCUUUGAAGAAUUCACGACCGGCACGACGCAGCCGGACACGGACAUGGAGGAGCUGUUUGAGUACGCGGAGCGGGCCGUCGAGGGCGCCAAGAGGGGCUUCGAGGCGCUGAGCAAGAUGACUGCCGAGGAGUCCUUCUCGGUCGGCUCUCACCAGCGGUGGGCCGAGGGUGCCAAGAACGGGCUCAAGUCGUGCAUUGCAACCAAGAUUGCCAUUGCGGCGGUGCAGAAGGCGGUGGCCAAGGCCGCGGAUCCGGAUGAUUUGAAGAUCAAAGUCGAGGUUCCUACACCGGAGAGGGCGUAUCAUGCGUUCUGGAUUGUUCCAAAGAUAGUGCCGUUGGCAUGA